UAGGAUCAAUAAGAACAGAGGAGUGUGUGCUGGUCAUUUUGUCGGCGGGGAUGGGCCAACAGCGUCCCAUCCUUAUCCGACACCUGCAGAGGGAGCCCGAGUGCAUAAAGCAAGGCCUGCAAGAAGAAGAGCAUCAGAAAGUGCAAGUAGGCAUGACGGUCAAGACAAGAGACCACGGAUUGGAGCAGAGAGCUUGGAUACCUGCGAUGCUGCGGUGAACAAUGACGCAGACAAAAGGAUGGGGGUGCAAACAGAUGAACAGUGUGAACUUAAUGGGGCAUUGGAGAGAAUCCAACAAUUGAAGCUGACCAUAUCAAAACUCUCCCUUACUGGACCUCUUUCUAAGAGAUGGUGUUUGCCUGAUGAAGACUUUAAGUAUUUCACCAGGUUUCCAUCUAAAGAGGUCUUCUAUGUUUUUUGGGCUUCUGUGGAACCUUCUGCAUCAAUGAUUGCAUACUGGUCUGAAGCAAACAGGAUUGCAGCUCUUCGAGAAGCGAUCAAGCUUGAGUUAACACCUGAGCAUGAGCUUCCACUCAUCGACGAGUUCUUUAUGUUCUGCCUCCAUCUGUCUGUUGGGCUGAAAGACAGAGUUCUGGCGGGGAUGUUUGGGGUCAGUCACUUGCGAGUGAUUCAGAUCAUCGUCACGUGGUCCAACUACUUGUACCUUGUGCUGGGGUCGGUACGAAUCUGGAUGACACGAGCGCAGGUCCGAAAGAUGAUGACCCCAAUAGUCCGUCAGUACUGCCUCUGCACAAGGGUCAUCCUUGCUUGUACUGAGCUCAGAUGUGAAAUCGGAGAAAUGAAAACAAUUUCUGAAACUUUGUUGCGCAAGAGGAAGUGUGUCACAUAUAAAGCUUUGGUUGGAAUAGCUCCCUGUGGCGUCAUCACCUUUGUGUCAAAAUUAUUUUCUGAUUCCAUCACAAAUGAUGAACUGACGAGGCUCUCUGGGAUUUUGAAGUUACUUGAGCCAGGUGACGAGGUCAUGGCACCCAAGAACUUUCAUAUUGACAAUCUAUUGAAAAAUGUUGGGGCAAAACUCGUCGCAUUCCCUGCGAACUCUGAGGACGGAAUCAGCUCGAACCAACGGAGAGCCUGGAAUGUUGCCAGGCUCCAUGCUCUCGUUCACUGUGUAAUUAAAAGGAUAAAGGGGAACAGGCUUCUGGAGUCGACGAUUCCUUUCACCCUAGCAGGAACRGUAAAUCAGAUCUGGUCCUGUUGUUGCUUCAUGGCUAAUUACCAGGGUCCUCUGGAUCCUGAACGGGAGAAAUGGAUCAGUGACGUAAAAACGCUCUUCUAAUCUGCAACAAAGGCCAGCGUUUUAAUUUWAAACUAAUGUUUGUUAGAAAGUAGUCUUAUUUUAUCUGAUCUCACUCUGUAAAUGUCUGUAUUGUUAUUUCAAGUGCAAAUAAAUGUUUUUCUAUGUAACAAAAUAUUUUCAUGACAAUUGUUAUCUGUCCAUCAGUGUCCUUCAAUUUCCUUCAUCCAUCUUUAAAGUAAUAAGUCUAGUCAAUUCAUAAUGAUUUUGUUUGUUGUUCAAAAAUGAAAUCUACAACAUAUGUGACAUUCUAAGAGUACAAUGCUUUCUUUACUCAUACCUGACUCAAGCCAUCAUAUCGUCACCUUCCUAAAAUCAUAACUUUUUGACAAAAG